UCGUGCUUGUCCAUGGCGAUCAAAGCGGGAAAGGUUUUGAGAACGGCGACGGCUGCUGCGAGGAAGCUCCAACAUAAGCAGUUCUCAGCCGCACAGUCGGCGUCUCCAGCCACAGCGCCGGUGACUCCGUCUUCCGGUGUAGGAACAUUUCUGGGUAUUCCCGAGCUUCCUCGUUCCAACGUCGAUAUAUUGAUCUCCAAGUACAUCAGACUCGCCCAGAAUCGGUUGACGAAGAAGGGUGAAUUCACAGAGGAGAAGCUAACGACAAUGUUGUCUGGUACUGUCGGGAUCAAUGAGACGGUCCAGUUACUAGAGGGCCGCAAAACUGGCGGAGCUUUUUCUACCAAGUCACCCAACGUUCUAUCCAUUGCCAAGCCCAAGAAGAAGAAAUGA